AUGAGUGUAAUAGUUGCAGUAAGAGUUCGUCCAUUUAAUCAAAGAGAAAUCGAUCUAAAUUCAUAAUUAUGUAUAGAUAUGGAUGGUCCCCGUACAACUUUAUUAUGUUUAGAAGAUUCUAAAAAGAACAAAGAUUUUGCAUUCGACUAUUCAUUUUGGUCACAUGACGGUUUCGAAUUAGAUGAUAAUGCUUGGUAAGGAUAUCAUUGUUGUUUAUUCGCAUAUGGGUAAACUGGUGCUGGUAAAAGUUACUCUAUGGUUGGUUAUGGAGCAAAUAAGGGAAUUGUACCAAUUGCAUGUUAGGAAAUAUUUAAAAAAAUUGAAAGUAAUACAAAUCCGAAUAUUAUUUAUGAAGUUUAAUGUUCUAUGUUGGAAAUUUAUAAUGAGACUGUGUAGGAUUUGUUAGUUAAUGUUACUAAAAGACCUGUGGGUGGGUUGAAAAUUAGAUAAAAUACAUCUUUAGGAUUCUAUACAGAUGGUUUAAGUAAACAUCCUGUAGAAGACUAUGAUUAAAUAGAAAAACUUAUGGAUGGAGGUACUUAAAAUAGAACUGUGGCUGCAACUUAAAUGAAUGCUUCUUCUUCUAGGGCUCAUACUAUUAUUGUAAUUGAAUUCAAGUAAACAGAGACUAAGGAUAAUAACAGAAAAUUCGAAAAACUUUCGGUUAUUAAUUUAGUAGAUUUAGCGGGGUCAGAGAAAGUGGGAAAAACAGGAGCAGAAGGAGCUCGUUUGAAAGAAGCGUCAAAUAUCAAUUAGUCUUUGACUACUUUAGGGAAAGUUAUUUAAACUUUAGCAGAAAAAGAAAUGGGAAAAUCAAAAGGAGCAGUUGUGCCUUAUAGAGAAAGUUGCUUAACGAAAAUUCUUUGUAAUGCUUUGGGAGGAAACUCGAAGACUUUGAUGAUUUGUGCAGUUUCACCUUCAAGUGAUAAUUGGGAGGAAACUCUUUCAACUUUAAGAUAUGCGGAUUAAGCUAAGAAAAUAAAAAAUAAAGCUACAGUAAAUGAAAGUGCUACAGAUAAAUUAAUAAGAGAAUUAACUCAAGAAAAUGAAAAAUUGAAAAUUUUCAUGCAGAAGUUUUAGGAAUAAUUUGGAAUAAAUUUAGAUUCUAUGGAUGUUUCCUCACUUUAGAAAUUAGACACAAAAUAAGUUAAUAUUUAAGAAAUUUUGAUCAAAAAAGAAUAAAUGGAAGCUAAUGAACAUUUAUUGGUUGAUGCAACAAAAACUAAGAAAUAAAGAAUCGAAGAAAAUAAAUAAUACGAAGAUUAAAAACCUUAAAUUGAUCUAUCUAAACCUUACCUUACUAAUAUUCAUGAAGAUCCUUAACUUCAUAAUAAAAUUCAGUGUACUUUAGAUAGAUAAAAAACUAUUAUAGGUAGUAAAUAUGCAGAACCGAAAGCGGAUAUUAUUGUAGGGUUGACAAAACAUAAUAUAGCAGAAAUUGUUUAUGAAAACGGGAUAAUUUUCAUUCAGCCAAUUUAAGGGUAAGACGAGAGCUUUAUUUUACUUAAUGGAUGCCCUGUAAGAAAUAGAAUAGAGUUGAAAAAUUUAGAUAGACUUAUUUUUUCGACUACUUCGAUGUUUAUUCUUAUGGAUUAAAGUAGUCAAUCAAGAACCGAGGGGCUGGUUUUUAAUUAGAUUGAUUUCGAGUUUGUAUAAAUAGAGAGAAAUAAAUAUAUGGAACUAGAGAAUAAACUUAGAGAGUAGGAAAAUGAAUUCAGAAAAUAAUAAGAUGAAGAAAAAAAAGUGGAAUAGUAAAAACUUUGGGAAGAUGAAAAAAAAAAAUUGGAAGAAUAAAUUAAAUAAUUACAAAUGUAACCUCCUCCUCCUCUUCCGACUAUGAAAAAAUAAUGUUCUGAAAAAAUAAAUAAAUAUAAAGAUAAAAAUUAUCUAGAGCAUAAAUUGUAAAAGUAUUUGCCUAAAGUACUCGAAAUUAAUCUUAUUGCAAAAGAACUUAAACGAAAAGUUACUUUGUAAGCCAAAAUAGCAUAAAUAUAUGAAGAAAAUGAGGAAAAAAAAGACGCUUAGAAUAUCAUUAAUAUCAAAUCAAAGGUUUAAAUUUAAGUUGAUAAUAAAGAAUUGGGAUAAGUCUAUAUUUGGGACCAUACUAAGUUUAACGAGAGGUAUUAUAUGAUUAAAGAUUUAUUAGAAAAAUACUUCGAAACUAAUACAUUACCUGUCAUUGACCCUUCUAAUGACCCUUUUUGUGACCCUCCAGAACCCCAUUUAAUUGGAAAUGGAUACUUUAAGUUACUUUAUUUGGCUUAUUUUAUGGAUUCGGUUAUGGAUUUAUCUAUUGUGGGAGAAAAUGGGUAAUGUGGAUCUUUAAAUGUAAGUAUUAUUCCUUGUAAUGAGACUGGGGAUAUAAAUUUAUCUGAAAAAAUGGAAAACGAGUCUUGUGAAGAAAUUAUUGAAGAUCCGAAUUAACUUUUAGGAAGAACUCUUUAUUUUAAAAUUAAUAUUUAAAAAGCUUAAUUGCCUGAGGCUUUUUGUAAAGACUCGUAUGUGGAAUAUUCUCUAAUGGAUUAAUAUGGAAAAAUAUAAAUCUAUAGAACAGAAACUAUUGUGGGAAAAAACUCGAAACCUAAUUAUAAUUAUUCGAAGAUUUUUUGUUAUGAAAAUCUUAAUUCGGAGCAUCUUAAUUAUUUUAUGGAGAGAAAUCUUGUAUUUAAAGUUUUUGGAUUUGAAGAAAUUUAAAUUGAUAGGAAAAAAAGUGAAGUUAAUAAUUAAAAUCUUAAUUAAAAAAGAAUCGAGUUGUAAGACGGGAACAGUGAAGAAUAAGAAGGUAAGAAAAAAAUAGAAGGAAAAAAAGAAGUAGAAGGAGAUAGUGAUAAAAAAAAAUAAAAAUAAGAUAAAGGUGAAGGGAAAAAAGAUAAAGAAGAUUGCAAUAUUUAUUGA